AUGUGUGGUGUCGAAGAGAAAUUCAAAGGAACGCAGGGGUGGCUCCGAGCCUUUCGUGCACGGCACGGCAUCGUCUUCAAGUGUGUGUCAGGAGAAGAGAGGUCGGCCCCUCAAGAUGCUGUGCAAGGUUGGCGAGACCAAGAAAUGAAACAGGUGCUGUCACAGUAUGCCCCAGAAGACAUUUUUAAUGCGGAUGAGACCGCGCUGUUUUUCAAGCUGCUACCAGAGUGUACGCUGGCAGUGAAGAAUGACAAUUGCAAGGGAGGGAAAAAAUCCAAGGAACGCAUUUCGGUCCUCCUUUGCUGUAACAUGACCGGGACAGCGAAGCUGAAGCCGCUAGUGAUAGGCAAGUCUCGAAAUCCACGCGCAUUCAAGAACGUACGCAGCCUCCCGGUAGACUACAGAUGGAACCAGAAAGCCUGGAUGACUUCGGCGAUAUUCACCGAAUGGCUGCUGCAGCUAGAAAAGAAAAUGAAGGAACAGAAAAGGCACAUCGCUCUCAUCCUGGACAACUGUUCUGCACACUGCAAAGUUCCCAAGAUGACGUACGUCACGAGUGCUGCUUCUUCCACCGAACUGUACGUCGGUGCUUCAACCCCUCGACCAAGGCAUUAUUCGCUCGCUCAAGUCGCAUUACCGAAGACGGAUGCUAGAGAAAAUCCUCGUCAACAUCGAAGCAAAAGUUCCAAAACCAACGAACAUAGAUAUCCGCCAGGCCACUGA